UCUUUGAGGCAAUUAUAUUGAUGUUCAAUACUUUUUGGAGUUAAGCUCUUCAUGAUGCCUAUCUGCUCUUCUUUCUUCUCUCUUUCUUUACAAGUUCUUUUGUCUUGUGUCUUUCAGUUGAUUUCCUUUGUCAAAAGUUUUGAGCAAUUUGUUCCUUUGACAGAACUGUGCAAAGACUCAAUCAUCCACAUGAAACACAGGAUGGAUACCUUCAAUAUCCGGUCACUUAUUAAAAUACUAGACAGCACUUCUCGAUAUCGAACUUGCUCUAAGUCAUGUCAAACCGACGUGGUGGGAAAUCAUCUUCUUCUUCUCGUAGACCUGUAGCUUCUAAACGGGAGCCUGAUACGGUACUCAAAGGGAAAUAUGGCCCUUACCCGGGAAGACCAAACGACAGACACAGCGGAUUAACGCCAAUCGUGCCGCACAUUACAAGAGACGGAGUUGGUACAGUCGAUGCGAGUACAUUACGAAGAGAACAGCAACAGAGGAAUGCGUUUUAUAACUUCACAGCAAAGCAAUUGCUUGAUUUGGAUGCGAAUAUAACAUCGACAAGAUCUUUGAAAGCAAGCGAUUUGAACAUUCCAUUACUCCCCUGCUUUGUAAGAGACCGAUGGAAAACAAAUGGCGAGCCGCAUGCUCUUGGUCAAUUAGGACCCGGGAAGUGGUUUGCCAAAAAUGAUGUUGUGUGGGAAUUAUUACAACCAACUCUUCAACUUGCCUCAAUGUUGUUAAUAAACAUUCAGAAUGACUUGUAUGAUACUUUAUUGUGUGGCACACGAAUCCCAAUCGAUCCUGAAAGAAUUCCUGAAAAUCUACCAGAGCACGCCACACCAGAAUUCGUAAAUGCGCUUUUUUCUACCGAGCCGAGAGGAUUAACUCCAGAUGAUCCAGCUCUCCAGAAGAGCAAGAAGAUGCUCUUACAUGCACUGUCAAGUUUUGUUUUCUUUAAAUUCAUAGACGUUUCCGAGACGAUCUCUUUCAAUGGCUGUACCAAGUAUGGUCCACCACUUCUUCACUGUCAUAUUAUUUUAAACCACACCAACCUCGAGCCUUUACUACGACCUGACAUCACAGCUUCUGAGAAGCUGGCAUAUCAAUGGAGAGUGGCCGUCACACUCACUCAUGAAUGUUUUCAUGCAAUGUUCAAUAUAAGCGACUUUAUUCGGGCAAAAAAACAUAAAACUCUGUCAACUUGGAACUUGGGCUCGGAGCCAUAUUAUGAGAAUCACUCGAUUCAAGAGUGCGGCUUUUUGAUGGAGCAGGUUGCCCUCGGUGGUGUUACUCGUGGGGAGCGGAAUCCAAAGGGCUCUUUGUACCCUACAAUCGCUCUUUUCUGGACCGAGUGGCCAACGGUUUAUUGGGCGAGCUACACGUCUAAUUUUAUGUUAAAAACACCCGCUCUCAAUCCUCGAUACAAUUUUUACCCGAUACCAGUAACUCAUUUUGAAGACGUUCACCAGAUGACUUUCUGGCUUCAUACUGUCAGAGCAUUUGGUACUAAGAUGCUUGGCCUUAGAUCCAAUAAGGUGAGGAUGCAGGUUACUCAACUUCCGCAUUUCCCUGAAACCUAUGUACUAUGUGCGGAUGAUGGCGAAGUUGAACACUUUGAGUGGAAAGCUAGGCACUUAACUUUAAAAUCAAAGCAGGAUAUGAGUCCAGAUGAAAGACGAGCUUGCAAAGCUGGGGAUGAUUUAAUUAAAAGAGCAGAAUUGAAUGAAGAGUUUUUCAUCGAAAGCUCAGAACAAUCCAAACAAGUGAAGGCUAUUGUCGAUUUCAAUAAAAGUCUGAAGGACAGACUCAAAGCUAUUACUUCGGAAAACUAUUCUAUUCCAGAACAGGAAAUAAGACAGCUAGAUCCGUUGGAGAUCAUCAAGACAUCCAUGCAGACUCAAUAUAAUAUGCUUAUGGGUGCUACAAUGGCUCAUCGUGCAGCGGUUAACACUUAUUUUCAAAUGGCGAUUUCUGGAGAUGCUCCCAUCGAGAUUAAAGAUCAUUUAUUGCUGUUCAACCAAGGAUUUAGAGGAUUUGCCAGACAGAUCGCUCACGAAUACUGGACGGAUGAAUUAUCUCAAGAUUAUGAAGACAUAGAUGAAAAGCUAGAAUUUUUGCGACAAAUGUUAUAUUCGCCUACCGAUGCAAGAAACGAAAAAUAUGCACUGGAAUAUGAGGAAUUUGGAGAGAUUGCAAUCAUCAUGAACGCCUACGACCAAUUCCACACUGAACCUGAGUUUAUGAAACAGGUGAUUUCUCAAGGGGUGGAAGUCUUGGAAGCUCGAUGGAAAAGCUCCCGGUAUUGCAGGACUUGCGCGAAUAUUAUAAAGUUGGCUACAAGUAUAUUAACUGGAGAGACUGCAGACGCUUUCGAUACGAUCAAUAAGAUCGAAGCUAAGAUACAAACACUGAUAUUUUUGUUGAAUGGGGAAGACAACAAGCGUUGCGAAUCGUGGACAUCGACACUGGAUGAUAUGAUUAAGAGGAUGAGAAAGAUUGCAUCAGAAUUGUUUGAUAAGGUUAUGGCCACAAGGGAUAUUGAGGUGGAUGAAUAUGAUCCUAUGGAUGAGGAUGAUAUAUCAACGGAUAAUGAUAUGGACGAUACUGAUGAAGUGGAUCUCAUUUCCGGUCAGCCUGCUUGA